AUGGCACAAUCGGAACCUAAUGGAUUGUUUGCGAUGGUGAAACUGAACUACCAAGGGGUAUUUAAUCGAAAUCCUUUCUCUUACACUGGUGGUGUGAAAACCAUGUUCACUGAUGUUGACUUUUCUUCUAUGACUUAUUAUGAGUUUGUGAACUUCUUCGAACGUUUCAUGCAUGAAGAGUGUAAAAAGCUUUACUACUGUGAACCAGGCAAUUCCCUGAUGGAAGGGCUUAAUCCCAUUUCAGAUGCUGUGGAAUAUGUUGUUUUUAUUUUUGAUGCUUAUGGAACAGAUGGUGUAAUUUUGGUUUAUGUGGAUCAUAUUGGGGUUGGUGUUGAUGGGUGGCUUGAUGAUGAAGAUAAUGAUGAUGAUGAACAUGAGUCUUGUAUAGACGGUGAAAAUGAAGAUAACAUAGAUGAACUUAGGAAUGUUGCCUUUGAAUUUAAUGAGGAUGUAGUGCAUAUGAAUAGGACAUCAAAUGAUCCUUUCUUGAGUAAGUUAUGUGUUGAUGAUGAGGAUGAAAACAACAUUGUAGAUGAUGACAAUGGGAGAGAAGUUGAAGGUAGUACAAGUGAACCACAACAACAUCAAGAGGUUGAAAUGACUCCAAUUGAGAUGGAUACUACUCAAAAUGAUAUGCAAGUUACUCAUACUGAUGUUGAAUCCAGUAGUGCAGGGGAUUUUAGUCAUUAUAUGCAAUUUACUCCACCUAGAUGUUAUGAAGGUGAUGAGGGUGUUGUGGGUGAGGAAGCUGAUGUGGUUGAGGAAGCUGUUGUGGUUGAGGAAGCUGUUGUGGUUGAGGAAGUUGUUCAAGAUGAGGAAGCUGAGGAGGUUGAUCCUGUUAUCCAAGUUGAUAAUGUUAAUGUUCAGGAGGUUGAUGAGGUUGAUCCUGUUAUCCAAGUUGAUAAUGUUAAUGUUCAGGAGGUUGCUCCUGUAAUCCAGGUUCAGCAGGUAAGUGUUAGGCCAAUUUCAGAGAUUUUGAAGAGGAUAAGGAGAAGAAAGUCAGAGAGAAUAUUGAAGCUGAAAUUAGGCAAAACAUUUGGUGGUGUUGAUGAUCCAGGAAAUUCGAAGGGAAAAGCUCCUGUAAUUGAUUAG